AAGCACUUCACUUGACAGAAGAUGGGCUACACUACAUUAAAGCACUGAUAUUAUUUGUUCAUCAACUACCCGACCGCUGUAGUGUCUCUCAUCUAUUGUGCCCAAUACAAUGGAGUCGAGUAUGAUGGAGAUAAUAGAAGAAUUCAUGGAGAGUGCAUUGGUGCAAUGGGUUCAGCUCUUUGAGAAGAUGGUGGGGAUGGAGAACGGUGCCCCACUCUACAGUCACUACAUCGAAGUCAAUUCAGUUUCUCGGAUUUCCCGGGACUGCUACCUCAGACUCACCAAUGGGAUCUUUCUCAAUGAGAUCAUGAGGAUCAUAGACCCCAACCCAAGGGUGGAGAGGUUGUACGACAGUGAGCCAGAUGACUGCAUGCAUAGAAUACAGAAUUUCUCCAUCUUAAAUCGACACCUCCGAGCCUUCUACCAGGAGGACCUCCAGCAGUUGAUAUUGAUGCCUCUCCCCAAUGUCGCCAUCUUGGGCCAGGACCCCUUCACUGAGGCAACGGUGGAGGAACUGAGGCGGUUGCUGCUGCUGCUUCUCGGAAGUGCAGUUCAGUGUGAACAUAAAGAGGCAUUCAUUCAGCAGAUCCAGUCUCUGGACAUAAAGACACAGGCUGAUCUCGCCGUCUGCAUUCAACAGGUGACUCAGGAUCCGCUCUCUGUGUUGCCGCUCCAGUGGGAAGAACUUCUGGAAGUGGAAGGUGCAGACCUAAACCUGGUGUUUAGUGCUAUGGCCAAACAGAUUCAAAGUAUGGUGGCACAGAGAGACACACACCUCGAGCGCAUCGCAGAGUUGUGUCGGGAGCGGGAGGCACAUGGUGACUCACCCUUGGCGCCCCUGGGUGGUCUCAAUGACGGGCCUCCACAAGGUCUGGCACUGCAGCUGGCAGACAGCAAGGCCAAAGUGCGGCGUCUGAAACAACAACUGGAUGAUAAAGGCGAUCAGCUAUUAGACUACAAACAGGAGAUUCAGAUGAUGGAGGAGCAGCUCAAAAGGCUUCAGAUAAAGAACCGGUCCAUGCAGAACGAGUCAAGGGCCCUGCGCGCUCUGCGGGAUGAGCUGGACUGCGCCCGUGAGAGAGCCGCGAGGGCCGAGCAACUCCAGAAUGAGCUACAGAGCUGUAAACAUCGACUGCACAGCCUGGACGUCACACGCACGCAACUUAAGGAGCAGCAGCAGCUGUGUGCAGCCCUGCAGGAGACCAAAGCUCUUCUGGAGGAACAGCUGGCCGAUACGAGGGCCCGAUGCGCCACGCUGAGGGAGGUGGACAGGGAAAACCUGCUGCUGCGUCAGCGGAUUAUAGACGUAGAAGCGGAGCGUGACACCGAGAGGCAGCGCGUUGACGAGCUACUGGAGCUGAACAUGAGCUUGGAGGCUGACCUGCGGCAAUGCGGCGGCCCCGGUCCGGUGCCUGCAGCCCACCGGCGUUUCUUCCAAUCAGAGGAAGAUUCUGACGAGGAGCUGAGGGAGCUGAUUGACCAGAAACCUCUCAGUGUUGAAGUGGGUGAGGCGUCAGCGCUGAGGCUGCUGGGAGCAGAGCAGGAGAACGCGGGGCUGAGGAAACGUCUGGAGGAGCUGCAGGCCCAGCAGGAGUUUCACAACCUGAAGAAUGAAAAUGCCUCUUUGAACCUACGGCUGGAAGAGCUACUGACUAACCUGAAACACACAGAAGACACGGGAGGGAAGCGUUCGGAGAAAGAGGACAAGGAGAAUGGCGAGAGGGGUGUCCAGGGACCUGAAUCCUGCAGGGGACAGGGGGAAGGAAUGGUGAGGUUGAUGGAGGAUAGGGAGCGCAGACGGGAACUCAUGGGGACACAAAGAGAAGCGGGGGUCGGGGAAGAGGUUGUCCAUGGUAAAGGCGGGAAAGCAGUACCAUGUGAUGAGGAGAUACAGCCCAAAAGAAGAGGAGAAGCAGAGGGGGAUCACACAGACAUGCAAGAAGAAAGUGAGCCGAAACCAGAAACAACCACAUUAGACAUUCAAAAAGACCCCCAAAAUCAUGGCGAUCUCAAUGAAGCCACAACUCCAGACCAGGCUGAGUGCAGCCUUCCUGGUGCUGAUGUUGCUCUGACAAUGCGUCUCCACGAGGCCCAGGAAGACGCUGACAGGCAGGCCCUGGUAGCCCAGGACCUGCGGUGCAGGUUGGGGGAACAGAGCAAGAAGACGUGGGAGGCCGAGCAGAGGCUAACGCUGCUGGAGGUUGAGCUGCAACAUCUCAGAAAAGCCGCGGAGAAUCUCGGAGAUGCCCGCAGGCAGAUUGAGGUUCUGCAGUCCGAGGCCCGGUCUACGGAAGAGGAGCUGUGUCGUCUGCGGAGUCAAGCGGAGCUUCACAGCGUGCAGACGACAGUCAUCGCCAGCCUGGAAGGGGAACGGACGGCACUGGAGAGAGACAGGGACACCCUACGUGGCACUGUGGAGGCCCUGCGGACCGCCCAGCGCAAGAGUGAACAGUUAGCGUCGACCACUCAGGCUCUCAAGGCUGAGCUGGAACGUCAGGGUCGUAUGCUGGAAACCUGUCGGCGCCGGGAAGAGGAGCUGGAGGCGGAGGUGCGUGACGCCAGCCUGGAUGCUCAAGCUGCAGCUCGGGCCCGGGACCAGGCGCUGCUGGAUGUGUCACGCUUGGAGCAGGAGAAAGAGGUGUGCCAGUCAGAGGUGGACAGCCAGCGGAAGGAAGCAAGACAGCGGGAGAGGGAGGGGGCGAGACUCAGGCAGCAGCUGGAGAGCACCAACAUAGCUCUGGAGCACAGCAACCAGAGAGUGAGGGCCUUGGACGCUGACCACAGGUGCGUGUGUCAGCAGCUGUCCGAGUCCAAGGAGCUGUGCGCUCGCCUACAGGACCUGGAGAGAGAGCGCGACACUCGAUUAAGCAGCUUGGAGGAGAGUAAACAGCUGCUGCAAGCCAAGUACACAGAUGCACAGGCCAACAUUCGGUCACUGUUGCAGGAUCUGUCCAACGAGCAAACUCAUUCUCAAAGUCUUACCUCUGAAGUCCAGCGUCUCAGCCAACAGGUCCAAAAAGCUGGAAGUGAACUAAAAGGCGUGACGGACACUCUCAACCAAUCAAAGGAAAGAACGGAGCCGCCUGCCUGCCUUAUGAGUGAAUGUGAAGCUCAUCUCCAGUUCGGAAAGACAGAUGGGGAUGCUGCACGUCAUUCCUCGUGCCAAAUGCACUUUAGUCAUACCUCGACGCCGGAUCAAGACGAAGGUCACAAUCUUUCUGUGUCCUCCCAUGAUGCCACAGGAGAGGCAGAGAGGAAGCUCGCUGGCAGGUUGUUGGAGCUAGAAAAAGAGAGAGCCGUGGCUCUUGCAGGACAGGAGGCUUUGUUGUUGCGUCUGUCUCAGUCCCAGGAGACGUGUGAGCACCUGAGGGAACAGCUGGAGGCGCUACGCCGACACUCGCUCACCCUGCAGGACUCGUGUACCCGACUGCAGAUGCUCAACACUCAGCUACAGGUGGAACAAGCAAAUGCGAACUCUCAGCAUGCAGCAACGCAGGUGCGCCACAAUGAGAGCGAAGCCCGGUGUGCGGCACUCGAGGCGGAGUCCAAGGUGUGGGCGCGGGAGCGGGAGGAGUCAGCGGCCAGGAUGGAAACCCUAAGCCGGGACCACGAGCGUUUGACGGCGCUGCAGCAGCGUCAGGAGACGGAACUAGAGAAACUUCUAGACAAACACUCACGCCUGCGGAGCACCAGCCGCAGUCUGGAGGCACAACACAGGGAGCUGGAGGCCAGCUACAAAGACCUGCUGGAUGCUAAAAGCCAGCUGGAGGAGAGAGAGCGGGGGGUGAAAAUGGAGAGAGAAGAGAUGGAAGCAGAAGCUCAGAAGAGAUUUGAGCGUGAACGAGAGCUGGAGAGGCUGAAAGAAGACAGUGAGAGGCUCCAGGUCCAGCAUAAGGAGUUGGUAGCAUCACAGGCAGAGCUGCUGGCUCAGGGCUCCUUGCUGAGGGGGGAGCUGAGCACCUCACUGCUGGAGAGGACUCGCUUGGAGGGGGAGCUCUGCACCCUGAGGGAAGCCAACCAGAGUCUCGACCUAAGCAACGCUCGCCUCACCAGCCAAUAUCAGCUACUGACCCAGCUUAAGGGGAACAUGGAGGAGGAGAACCGGCAUUUAGCCGAACAGAACCGCAGUCUGCUCAAGGAGAAUCGGGCCUUACUGGAGCAGAGCCUGGAGCGCCGUGACCAGCACUAUACGCAGCAGAAAGAAUAUCAGGAGAAGCUGAGCGAGCUCCGUCGGGAGAAGCAGAAGCUGGUGGAAAAGAUUAUGGACCAAUACAGAGUUCUGGAACCCAACGUGCAACUCUCGCAUUGGAAGGCCAAGAAAUCUAACUGGAUUGCAGACCAGAUGAAGAAGCUCAUCAAACCCAGGGGUGGAGCGCGGGAGGGACGCGGCCUCGUCACGGCCGCCGGCAGCGUGGAGAACCUGGCCGACGCGGCCCAAUUUACAUCAGACACACCUCGGCAUGAGCCUUGCAGUGCUCCAGGUUCCCCAUGCCCCUUGAGAAAAGCUGCACUCUACACAGAGGGGAUGAUUUCUUCUCCCACUAAUCUGGUCCCACUCUCCGGCUUUGGAGGUCGUCGUAAACUGGGAUCCCGUCACGGUUGGGGUUUGACCAGAGGUGGCGCCGGAGCUUCUCAAUCCUUCAGUCCAGGCGACCAAAAGACCCCGCCCCGCCGCCGCCUUCUCUCCGGUCACAACACCCCCACGGUCCUCUGGGAGCGAGAGAGUGAUGAAACAAGCGGUCCCCAGCAGGAGGGGGAGGCCAAACAGAGUAGUCAGGGGAGCCCCAACGAGGAGGAGACAAGCGGAGAUCAUCAACUUUCCAACCCUGACCCCUUGGAAAGAAUUUAAUCAUGGACUUGAUUGCCUGUAUUUACAUUUGACUCUUCUUUUAAGUCAUACUUUAGAAAGGUUUACUCUAUAAAUGCACAUUUGUCACAAUAUUUUUAAUACAAGUUUGAGCAAACGAACUUAUUGAUGACCUUUUUAUGUACUUCACCCUAACCAAAACUUAUAUAUUAUUUUUCAUCAAGCUAAUUAUUAAUAAAUACAUACAACAAUUAUUAAUUUAACCAAGUGUUGACUAUCGUUGGUUGUAGUUGGCAGUGUAGGCAGCACACGACUCAAGUGGUUAGUACAUUUGGCUCACAGUUCUGAGUCUGAGAGUUCAACUCAGGUCUCGGGUCUUCCUGUACAGUUUGUAUGUUCAGAUACUCCAGGUUCCUCCUACAUUCUCCAAAAAUGGAUAAUUGUUAUAUUGAAAACUCUUAAUUGUGGAUUGCUGAGCGCUUGUUUGUCUACAGUUGGAGGCAGACGUUUACAUACAUCGUGCAAAAACACGGUUCAUUUUUGUCUCCCUCGCAAAAGUCAAAGUAGACUAAACCUCUCCGGUUCCAGAUGAGCCAGGAUCACCAAAACUAUUUAAUUUAGUUAAAUGCACAAUAAUGACAGAGAGAAUGUCUUGGGUAAUUUUAUAUUUUCUUUGGGGGCAAAAGUUUACGAGGUAAAGGUAAGGUUUCUGUAGGAGUAAUGACUUCAUUCUCUGUGAGUGGCCUUUCUGUCCAUGUCGGUGCAGGACUUGUUUCACUGUGGAUAAUGACACUUUCUUACCAACUGCAUUCAGCUUCUUCACAAGAUCUUUAGCUUUUGUUCUGGGGUUGAUUCCCACAUUUUGGAGAAAAACAUGUUCUCUUUCCGGGACACAGAGGCUGUCUCCUUCCUGAGCAGUGUGAUGUUUGGACAUUCCCAUCAUGUUAGACUUACAUAUAAUUGUUUGAAUAGAUGAAUGUGGCACCUUCAAUUAACUGAAAAUUGUACCCAAGGAUUAGCCAGACUUAUGGAGCUCCACGAUUCUUUGUCUGAUUUCCUUGCCGGUUUAUUUUGAUUUUCCCAAGAUUUAAAACAAGGAAGCAUAGUGUUUGAGGUGUGGUCUUAAAUACAUCCUUAGGUCUGCCAUCCAUUAACUCACAUGUUGUCAGUUAACCUAUCAGGAGCUUCCAAAGCCAUGACCUCAUCAUCUGCGUUUCCUCGUCUUCUUUAAAGACAGUACUUCUUGUGUAUAGGUCGUCAUUAGAUUGUAAAAGCAUCCCUAAUAAAAUGGCCUCGGUUUACAGAGCCCCCCCGCCCAAAAAAAAAAUAAUCAUGGUACGUAUUUAAAGUGAAAUACUAGUUUUCUAAGCCUUUUAGAGUUCUGUUUCAUGUUGCAAGUGGCAUCUUGGUCGUUGAGCACCUGUGCCUUCAUCAAGGGCCUCAAACCAUAGCUAAGCAGUGAAAGAACCAUUCAAGUGGAGUAGACAAGUGCACUUAAGCAGCACCACGCUUGCACUGCGUCAUCUCAUCUGCAAUAAACCUUUAUAGGAUUAUCUCAAAUGUCCCGGCUGCUCCCGCUGAUUGAUCUGCUCCGAGUUCGCUCACUUCAAGGUAAAAAGGGGAAGCUUAUUACAGCCCAGGUGCUUGCUCAUCAUGUGGAAUAUUAGCUGGGAAACAAGGAGAAAAAAAGAUCUGUGAAAGUGACGCAUCGAAUAAAGGUUCUGCCACUUUAUUUAAGUGUGUCUUGCCGGGCUUCAAAGGAAUAAACACAUCUUCUCAUUUCCUUUUGCAGCUUUAUCUUUUAUGCUGUAGGAGUGUGCAGUUGGAGCAACUGGAAGAAACCUGGGCCAUCUGGCUCACAUGAGGUUAAUUUUAGGGCUCCUGUAAAGUCAGUCAGCAGUCUAAUACUAAAUGAUCUAAUGACUCACUUGCACCAAAUGGUUUGGGUGCAGAGCUGCCAUUCAAAGAGAGAUGAGGGAGGAGGCGGUGGGGCCAUUAGGGAGCCGUACAUGGCGGGGGGCUCUUGCAAAAGAAGGACAGCUUUCAAGAAACCUUUUCUUGCAGUGGGAUAUAUAAGUAGCACACCAAUUGAAGAGUUUGUUUUCAAAGGGUUAUAGGACAUAGGCAUUUUUUUCAGAUUUACGAAACUCGCGCCAAAAUUAUCCAGCUCCGAAUGGUAGUUAUCGGGAUACUCUGAUUUUUGUUCAAAGUGCGGCAUAUCGUUCUAUAUCAGCCAAGGAAGAUCGCGUUUUAUUUCAAAAUGCGACAUAUCGAGAUCUUAUUUAGAGCAAAAUGCAACAUAAUUUCGUUCAAUCAGCGUGCGCUACUGAAGCAAGCAGCAUCCAAUCAAAAUUCGUCUAGAGGGAAGUUCCGGUAUCUUCCACAUCAUCAUCCAAAAUGGCUGCGCCCACGUUUGAGCGAGAUGCUAAUGCCGAGUUUGAUUUUAUGUAUGAGACACCGGAGAGAAUGAAGCUGAACUAAGUCUUGUAUUUUGUUUAUCAAUGUUUAAUAAUGUCGAAUAAAUAAAUCAGUGAUUGUGCUGGUUUACUUGCAGGCUGUCCCAUUGUGAGGGUGCUUUUCCCAUUUAUUUUUAAUUCUUUAUGAAAUUAUUGCAAUUUAAUACUUCAGUUCUCAUCCAAGUACCAUUGUAUCUGAAUGUAAUAAACAUACUGUUUUGUCUAUGAUUGUCUAAUGCUUGAAUAGUAAUUUUGUUGUUCAAAAUAUUUCACCAACGAUCAUUAAUGAAUGAAUAAAUUUUUAUAAUUCUAUGCAAUCUUUUUUUUUUUGCCAUUUUUUAUAAGGAAAGUUAUCGGCUAUGACUUAAGAAAAGUUGACAUUAAAAGGAAAUCAACACCCUUGGAG